GCGGGCCAGGAGCUGAGAUUGGAGCUUUCCGAGCGUUUUGCCAAAGAUAUAAAGAUGAACCAAGCGGGAUCAGCUCGGGCCUAUUAACCAAGAGGCGAGGAGGCGGCCUUCGGCGGAGGAGUCUGGAAGCGUUCGGGGGUCUCCGGAGCAGGGCGCCCCGUUGGCAGAGGGGCCGCCUUUCCUGCCGGCUCCUUCCCUACGACCUGUCUCUCGGAGCGGGGGCAGCGGGAGGCCUCCUCGCCCUCCCGGAGCUGGGACAGCCAUGCAGGCCCGCUAUUCCGUCUCGGAUCCCAACGCUCUGGGAGUGGUACCCUAUCUGAGCGAGCAGAAUUACUACCGGACGGCGGGCACCUAUGGAGGCAUGGCCGGCUCGCUGGGGGUUUACGCCGGCCACCCGGAGCAGUACGCGGCCGGCUUGGGACGCUCGUACGGGCCCUACCCGGGCCACCAGCCGGUCCAGGCUCCGAAGGACCUGGUGAAGCCGCCUUACAGCUACAUCGCUCUGAUCACCAUGGCCAUCCAGAACGCGCCGGAGAAGAAGAUCACGCUCAACGGCAUCUACCAGUUCAUCAUGGAGCGCUUCCCCUUCUACCGGGAGAACAAGCAGGGCUGGCAGAAUUCCAUCCGCCACAACCUCUCGCUCAACGAGUGCUUCGUCAAGGUGCCCCGCGACGACAAGAAGCCGGGGAAGGGCAGCUACUGGACGCUGGACCCCGACUCCUACAACAUGUUCGAGAACGGCUCGUUCUUGCGUCGCCGGAGGCGCUUCAAGAAGAAAGACGUCUCCAAGGAGAAGGAGGAGAGCCCGCGGGAGAAGCACCACAAGGAGCCGGUCAAGGCCGCUUCCGAGCUGGCUAAGGAGCCGUCGCCCCCGUCGGUCUCGGCGCCCGUCCCGGCUUCGUCGGACAAGAAAGUGGUCAUCAAGAGCGAGGCCUCUUCGCCCGAGCUGCCCGUGAUCACCAAAGUGGAGACGCUCAGCCCGGAGAGCGGCAGCGCCCUGCAGGACAGCCCGCGCAGCGUGGCCUCCACGCCGUCGCUCUCCACCGAGGGCUCUUUGCCCGGCGAGCCCCACCAGGCCCACCAACCUCACCCGCACCACCACCCGGCCGCCGGCGCCAACGGCUUGCCGGGCUUCAGCGUGGAGAACAUCAUGACGCUGCGGACUUCGCCGGGGGGCGAGUUGAGCCCCGUGGGCAGGACGCCGACGGGCCUUUGCGGCUCCUCUUUGCCCCUGGGCUACGGCCAGGCGCCCGCCUCGUCCAUCUACAGCCAGGCCUGCAGCCAGGGGGGCUUGGGCGAGGCCGGAGGCAGCUACCAGUGCAGCAUGCGCGCCAUGAGCCUCUACACGGGCGAGCGCAACGCGCAUCUCUGCGGCGCCGGGCCGCUGGAAGAGGCCGCCGCCUCGCUGUCGGAGCCUCCGCCGCAAGUGGCCAACGGCGCCCCCUCGCCCCUGGCCGGCCUGAACCUGGCGCAAGGGGGGCAGCAGCAGCAGCAGCAGCAGCAGGAGACGUCCCUGCCUCCCAGCAACCAUCACCAUCAGCCCACGCACCACCACCAACACCAUCAUCCACUGCCGCAUCACCAAGCCCCGGGCCAAGCGGCCGCCGCCGCCGCCGCCGCCGCCGCCGCAGCCUCCUGGUACCUCAACCACGCAUCGGAGAUCAACCAGCCUCUCCCCAGCCACACCUUCGGCGCCCAGCAACAAAGUUUCCCCAACGUGCGGGAAAUGUUCAACUCUCACCGGCUGGGAUUAGAGACCUCGACGGCGCUGAACGAGCAACAGGUGAGCCCCACCACCUGCGAGCUGUCCUACCGGGCUCCUCCCUCCAUUUACCGCCACUCCGCCCCUUAUUCUUACGACUGCGCUAAAUACUGACUGGCCUCCGGGUUAAGCAGACAGACAGACAGAGGGACAGAGGGACCCCCGGGAAAGGGGGCCUCGCCCCCCCCAAACUCAGCAGGCGGACAAUAGAAGGAAAAUUAGGCCUCUGGUUUUAUUUUUUUAAAUUAGUUGGGGAAAGCCAACCAAACUGUCUCUGGUUUUUAUUUCCCCCAAAGCAAAAAGAAAGAACAAAAAAACAAAAAUCACCCCUCCCCCACUUUCCCGUCCAAA